AGUCUUGUACAGCCUAUGGUUGAUUCUGGUAUCAUUGGGUUUGUAUGGUAUUGUAUGUCUCACAAAAUUAAGAAAGGAUUAUAUUAAGACGACAUUAAGACGAAUAUAAGCAUAUAUCCGGGAUGUGAUGAAUUUUGCACAACAUCUGGGACGGAAGUAGCCUAGAGGGAGCACGUGAGAAAUGCAAAUAUCCAACAGUAAACAUCCUCAAAAUAUUGGACUCGCGCGGGCACUUCAGCCGCAGUCGCGGACAGGAAGGGAGACGUGCUGUUAUUGUCUGCAAGUGAAACCGCUAGGAAUAUAAUGGAUCUGAAAGGGUACUUUAAAAGAAUUGGGUUUACAGGCCAAGAUGCCAAAGCUGACUUUGAAACUUUGUGCACCAUCCACAAGCUGCAUGUUAUGAAUAUUCCAUUUGAGAACCUCAGCAUGCACUGUGGGGAGAGGAACACCAUGGACCUGCAAAUCAUCUAUGAUAAAAUUGUCAAGAGCAAUCGUGGAGGCUGGUGUUGUGAAAACAACCUCUUGUUCUCAUGGGUCCUAAAAGAGAUGGGUUACAAAUACACCACACUAGCCUCCAAGGUGUUCAACAGAGUGAAUGAUUUUAACCCAAUGGAGACUCAUCUCAUCAAUCUGGUGGAGAUUGAUGGGAAGCCUUAUUUAGCUGAUGUGAGCUUUGGGGUUUCAUGCCAAAUCUGGCAUCCCUUAGAGAUGAUCUCAGGUAAAGACCAGCCACAGCCUCCAGGUGUGUUCCGGCUCCUAAAUGAUGGGAUGAGGUGGAUUCUGGAGAAGACUGGAAGGAAGCAGUUGGUCCAAGAUGAGGCCUUUGCUCAUUCCAACCUCAUAGACAAGCGCCUGAUGAAAACAAUUUAUUGCUUCACAUUAACACCCCGUAGUUCAGAUCAUUUCCUGGAGGCAUGCGAAUACCUGCAGACUAGUCAAGACUCUCUGUUCAUGCUCAAAUCCAUUUGCUCCCUUCAGACGCCCACAGGAUUCAGAGCUCUGAUUGGUUGGACUUUCAGUGAGGUUACAUUCAAUCCACAGGAGGACUCAGACUUGGUGGACAUGAAAGAAAUCCCAGACUGUGAAAUUGAAGAUUUACUGCGUGAAAAGUUUAAUCUGGUGUUAGUUAAUAGAUUCACACCUAAAAACAACAAAGCUAAGUAUAACAUCUAGCACUCAGAAAAUACUCAUCUGUACCAUGUGCAUUAAAUGAAAAGUUAAUUUUUUAAACAAACAUAUGCAUCAAUAAAGACCAUUUCACCAUCU